GAGGUGGAAGCUUAUAAGAAUCAGGGUGGAGGAGAAGCAGCGGUGUUUGAGUUCUAACGGUCCGAGUCGAACGCUUCACAUCCGCCAACAUGAACAGAAUUAUCCUCCAGCUCGUCGCAGUGGGAAUCUGCUUCGCCAUCGGCCAAGCUCUGCAAUGCUACAAAUGCACUAUAGGCAUCGGGACGCUUUGCCUUACCUCUGAAACCAAAUGUGCAGCCGGAGAGCAUUGCUUCAGUGGCGUUGGGGAGGCAGCCGGCUUCAUGGAUAUAAAGAUGAAGGGCUGUCUAGAAGAGGCUAAGUGCAACAAGACCUCGACGACGACCCUUCCCGGUGAAUCCAACACCACAAUGUACUCCAUGAUGAAGACGUGCUGCAACACUGACCUCUGCAAUGGAGCGCCCGGUCUGCCCGGGGCCUCCGGGCUCAGCCUGGCCCUCGCCACCGUCACGGCUCUGCUCAUGGCCCAAAUCCUGGUUUGACAGAAGAUACAGUGGAUACUGGAUCACACCGACCACACACACGCAUGAACACACACAUUUCAUAUUGUACACACACAAGCAUUACAAGGGUUCAAUUGAAUGCCCACCUCAGACGAGAGCUCUGUGGUUUUGUAACAUCAGAGAUUGUUUUUCUUCUCUUCACACACUUUGUCUUUGUUGCUUUUCUAGUCAAACUCAGAAAGAAGCGGUGAAAGUGAAUUUAAUAAAUUGUCCAGCUAUUCUUUUAAUUUGCUGUAUUCUGACCCACUGUCAUUUCAGAGCCAUAAUAUUCAAACAAAUUUAUGAUUUAUAAACAAAUUUAUGUCAGAGCUUUCAUAAACAUUUCUAUUUCAAGCCAUUUCCUUCUUUUUUUUUACUCCAAUGGUUCCAUUAAUGUGUUUUUAACCUGUUCUAUUUCAGAUAUUGGUUUCAAAUUUACGCUGCACUUCUCUUUAACUGUGGGGUAGAAGCUUCUGUUGAUCUCUAGUUCUGAAUGUAUAUAUAUAUCGGGCGAAUGGGAUUAAAUGUUGUGUUUGAGACACUGCAAUGUAAAUGAGAUUAAACCAAUUUUAAAUUUGUCAAUGCUGAUGAUUAUCUCUGUUUUGAUAUUGGCUUGAUGGAUUUCAACAGUUAAUUAAAACAUCCUGAAAUUAUCCUGAAA